ACUUCCCGGGGAUAUCCCGGGUUCCUCCUGAUCGAUCGUUUUUCAACAAUGGAAAGGGCAGACAAUGCUAUCAAGUGAUACAAAGCCUUGUCUUCGGUUAGCAAGUUGUGUAAUCCACAACACCAGACAAAUGGCAAUCAAGAAUUAGAGAAUCCCAAAAUGAGUCCCCAAAAUGAGUCUGUCGAUCCCAGCCGAUCAUUCGUGAACUAACAUCAGGUGGCGUCACCAGAAGUAGUGAUACGCGUGGAUGCAACUGGCUUGUUGGAUCCUUCUCAUCCAAACAUGAUGUAUAAGGUUGAAGAUCAGUAGCCAUAGUCUGAUCUAUGACGACACGCUAGCUCAAGCACUGAUGAAGAGAGAUACUGACAUCCAACGGUAUGAAAAUACCAAGGCUGGGGCUCCUUUCCCCCGCAAUUAGACAUCUGCACAAUGACGGCAGCCAAUACCUCCCGGUGGUCAGCUGAGACAAUUUUGGGGCAUUUGAAACAUUAUUUGAGGAGUGACCGACACUUGAAUCCCUCGAAAGACAUGUCUAUGGACGGGCAGAUCACGCGAAGUGAAACUCUCGCGACAAGCGCCGGAUUGGAGUGGCUUGGCAUACCCCAGGAAUGGCCGGGCGCAUUCAGCAAGUAG